AUGAUGUACUCGCCGGAAUUGUCAAUGGCACUGGCCCAUCGUCAGCGUCGUCGCGUCAGUACCAGCGCCCGUAAGCGCUCUCUGACUGAAGGAGCGAUGAUCGGAGCCAGUAGCCGACCCAGUGGCAGUGGCCGCAGCCUCCGUUUGAGCGGCCGCAAGAGCAACGGCAUGGAGAAUGAAAUGGAGGACGCACAAGUUCCACCGGCCAUUAAAUACCUGGAACAAGUGGCCCUCGAAAUGUCAGUGACAAAGAAACAUACCGACGUGCGAUACGUCAUGACGGUGCGGCAUCAGGAGCUCAACGUGGCCUGGCGUCUGGCAAGGUCCUUCGACGAAUGCCGCAAGUUGCAACAGCGAUUGCUCAAGAAACUCCAGCACGGCCAUUUCUGCGACGCCGAUUGUCCAUGGUUGUAUGGAUUUCUAAAGAGUUAUUUCCCCAAGAAGAUCGUCUUCACCUUCUCUAGCUCUCGCGUGGUCGAGCAGCGCAAACAAACACUCGAGAGGUUCUUCGCGGCACUGUACGGGUUCCUAACAGACCAUAAGAAUUUCAGUUGCUCCGUGGUUAUGACAGUGUUCGCAGACGAACUGGUCGAGUUCAUUUACGGCGAUGCAUUGCAGCAAUACGGACUAGAAAACCCCAUUAAGUCGGAUAUACAAGACACGAUGAGGAGGAGUGAAGGCUACAGCUCCCACUGGGAAGCGCCCGAGUCGCCCCACAAGUUGCAGCUGCUUCAUCGAGAACCCGAGCGACAGUUCAGCAGACAGUCGUCGCUCACCAAUUCGAUCCGUGGGUCCAUGGCGGACGACGACAUUGUGAACGAUCUGAAUUCUGGCGACUGUGGGAUUUGCGGCUCCCUGUUGUGUGGUGUCGCCAAUGGCAACGGCAGUUCCACGGGAUCGAACAGUGGCGUCUUCACUCCUCCAUGGCUGGGGAACCAGAAGAGUGCCAAUAGCUUCAGUGGCUCUCGACGAAGUGCCAGUCGACGACGAGCUGCGACGUACUACUUGACGACGCUGAGUUGCGGCCACCAAUUCCACGACGAGUGCAUCGUGCCGAAACUCAACGAGUCGUUAAAAUGCCCCACCUGUGGACGCAUACAAAACAACAAUUAA